ACAACGUUUUCUGACGUUCGCGAGCGUUGUCAACAAUAACAAAUAAAAUCGUGAAAUUUCUAAGCGUAAAGAUGGACAAAUUUCGUCAAAUGGAGGACGAAAUGAGCCGUUUCGAGGCUGAAAUCUCGGGGCAAUCCAUGAUGAACGCUUACGCGUUUUCUGUGCCGAGUUACGCUCUUGUGCCCCAUCAAAUCAACAGAGGGGCCAAAAGGUACGACAACCAUUACUCCGCGAACGCCAUAAUAGCAAAACCAGCCGUCGUGUCGGCCAAACCGGCCAUGUACGCCGUACCGAAGCAGCCAGCUGCAACGACCCAAUCAGCUGCGUCGGCAGCUGCGAAUCAGGCGGCCGUGGACUUUAUGGCGCUGCAGAACGAGGUGGAGAAGAAACUGAAGAAGCUGAAGAACGAGAAGGUCAGCGCGGAGCUUGCCAUAUCGCAGGGGAAAGCCAGUUCGGCGUUGCAGUCUUUCAGUGAUGAUCACAGACGUAAGGGGCCCAAAAACAGAAAAUUAAUGCGUUCUGCGGGCGGUACCACGUGGGAGGAUCACACUUUAACGGACUGGGCGGAAGACGACUUCCGGAUUUUUUGUGGCGAUCUAGGUAACGAUGUCACAGACGAACUGCUUGUAAGAACGUUCAACAAGUUUCCCUCGUUUCAAAAGGCGAAAGUAAUACGCGACAAACGCACGAAUAAAAGUAAAGGGUAUGGGUUUGUUAGUUUUAAGGACCCCCUCGAUUUUACUAAGGCUAUGAAGGAAAUGAAUGGCAGAUAUGUGGGUAGUAGACCCAUCAAGUUGAGAAAAAGUUGUUGGAGGCAACGAUCUAUUGAUGUUGUUAAGAAGAAGGAAAAAGAAAAGGCUGCCCUUAUUAAUAUGCUUACAGGAAAAUAAUUUUGAAUUAAUUAAUUAUGUGUAUUUUUUUUAAUUUAAGGAAUUUAUUUAGGCAUUAAAAUGUGUACAUAU